AUGGUCGUGGACGUGGACGUGGACGUGGACGUGGACGUGGACAUGGACGUGGACGUGGACGUGAACAUGGACGUGGACGUGAACGUGGACGUGGACAUGGACGUGGACGUGGACGUGGACGUGAACGUGGACAUGGACGUGGACGUGGACAUGGAGUUGGACAUGGACGUGGACGUGGACGUAGACGUGGACGUGGACGUGGACAUGGACGUGGACGUUGAAGUGGACGUGGACAUGGACGUGGACGUGGACAUGGACGUGGACGUGGUCGUGGACGUGGUCGUGGACGUGGACGUGGACGUAAACGUGGACGUGGACGUGGUCGUGGACGUGGACGUGGACGUGAACGUGGACAUGGACGUGGACGUGGACAUGGACGUGGACGUGGACGUGGACGUGGUCGUGGUCGUGGAUGUGGACGUGGACGUGGACAUGGACGUGGACGUGGUCGUGGACGUGGAGGUGGACAAGGACGUGGACGUGGAGGUGGACGUGGACGUGGACGUGGUCGUGGACGUGGUCGUGGACGUGGACGUGGACGUGGACCUGGACGUGGUCGUGGACGUGGUCGUGGACGUGGACGUGGACGUGGUCGUGGAGGUGGACGUGGACGUGGACGUGGUCGUGGACGUGGACGUGGACGUGUACGUGUACGUGGUCUUGGACGUGACGUGGACGUGGACGUGGACCUGGACGUGGUCACGUGGACGUGGACGUGGAGGACGUGGACGUGGACGUGGAGGACGUGGACGUGGACGUGGACGUGGUCGUGGACGUGGACGUGGACGUGGUCGUGGACGUGGACGUGGACUUGGACGUGGACGUGGUCGUGGACGUGGACGUGGACGUGGACGUAGACUUGGACGUGGACGUGGACGUGGACGUGGCUUGGACCUGGACGUGGACGUGGACUUGGACGUGGACGUGGACGUGGACGUGGACGUGGACGUGGACGUGGACGUGGUCGUGGACGUGGACGUGGACGUGGUCGUGGAGGUGGACGUGGACGUGGACGUGGUCGUGGACGUGGACGUGGUCGUGGACGUGGACGUUGACGUGGACGUGGACGUGGUCGUGGACGUGGAGGACUUGGACGUGGACAUGGACGUGGACGUGGUCGUGGACGUGGACGUGGACGUGGACGUGGACGUGGACAUGGUCGUGGACGUGGACGUGGACGUGGACGUGGACAUGGACGUGGACGUGUAUAUGGACGUGGACGUGGACGUGGACGUGGACGUGGACGUGGACGUGGUCGUGGACGUGGACGUGGUCGUGGACGUGGACGUUGACGUGGACGUGGACGUGGUCGUGGACGUGGAGGACUUGGACGUGGACAUGGACGUGGACGUGGACGUGGUCGUGGACGUGGACGUGGACGUGGACGUUGACGUGGACAUGGUCGUGGACGUGGACGUGGACGUGGACGUGGACAUGGACGUGGACGUGUAUAUGGACGUGGACGUGGACGUGGACGUGGACGUGGACGUGGACGUGGACGUGGACAUGGACGUGGACGUGGACGUGGACGUGGACGUGGACGUGGACGUGGACAUGGACGUGGACGUGGACGUGAACAUGGACGUGGACGUGAACGUGGACGUGGACAUGGACGUGGACGUGGACGUGGACGUGAACGUGGACAUGGACGUGGACGUGGACAUGGAGUUGGACAUGGACGUGGACGUGGACGUAGACGUGGACGUGGACGUGGACAUGGACGUGGACGUUGAAGUGGACGUGGACAUGGACGUGGACGUGGACAUGGACGUGGACGUGGUCGUGGACGUGGUCGUGGACGUGGACGUGGACGUAAACGUGGACGUGGACGUGGUCGUGGACGUGGACGUGGACGUGAACGUGGACAUGGACGUGGACGUGGACAUGGACGUGGACGGGGACGUGGACGUGGUCGUGGUCGUGGAUGUGGACAAGGACGUGGACGUGGAGGUGGACGUGGUCGUGGACGUGGAGGUGGACAAGGACGUGGACGUGGAGGUGGACGUGGACCUGGACGUGGUCGUGGACGUGGUCGUGGACGUGGACGUGGACGUGGUCGUGGAGGUGGUCGUGGACGUGGUCGUGGACGUGGACGUGGACGUGGUCGUGGAGGUGGACGUGGACGUGGACGUGGUCGUGGACGUGGACGUGGACGUGUACGUGUACGUGGUCUUGGACGUGACGUGGACGUGGACGUGGACCUGGACGUGGUCACGUGGACGUGGACGUGGAGGACGUGGACGUGGACGUGGAGGACGUGGACGUGGACGUGGACGUGGUCGUGGACGUGGACGUGGACGUGGUCGUGGACGUGGACGUGGACUUGGACGUGGACGUGGUCGUGGACGUGGACGUGGACGUGGACGUAGACUUGGACGUGGACGUGGACGUGGACGUGGCUUGGACCUGGACGUGGACGUGGACUUGGACGUGGACGUGGACGUGGACGUGGACGUGGACGUGGACGUGGUCGUGGUCGUGGACGUGGACGUGGACGUGGUCGUGGAGGUGGACGUGGACGUGGACGUGGUCGUGGACGUGGACGUGGUCGUGGACGUGGACGUUGACGUGGACGUGGACGUGGUCGUGGACGUGGAGGACUUGGACGUGGACAUGGACGUGGACGUGGACGUGGUCGUGGACGUGGACGUGGACGUGGACGUGGACGUGGACGUGGACGUGGACAUGGUCGUGGACGUGGACGUGGACGUGGACGUGGACAUGGACGUGGACGUGUAUAUGGACGUGGACGUGGACGUGGACGUGGACGUGGACGUGGACGUGGACAUGGACGUGGACGUGGACGUGGACGUGGACGUGGACGUGGACGUGGACGUGGACAUGGACGUGGACGUGGACGUGGACGUGGACAUGGACGUGGACGUGGACGUGGACGUGGACAUGGACGUGGACGUGUACGUGGACAUGGACGUGGACGUGGAUGUGGACGUGGACGUGGACGUGGACGUGGUCGUGGACAUGGUCGUGGACGUGGACGUGGACGUGGUCGUGGACGUGGACGUGGACGUAAACGUGGACGUGGACGUGGUCGUGGACGUGGACGUGGACGUGAACGUGGACAUGGACGUGGACGUGGACAUGGACGUGGACGUGGACGUGGACGUGGUCGUGGUCGUGGAUGUGGACGUGGACGUGGACAUGGACGUGGACGUGGUCGUGGACGUGGAGGUGGACAAGGACGUGGACGUGGAGGUGGACGUGGACGUGGACGUGGUCGUGGACGUGGUCGUGGACGUGGACGUGGACGUGGACCUGGACGUGGUCGUGGACGUGGUCGUGGACGUGGACGUGGACGUGGUCGUGGAGGUGGACGUGGACGUGGACGUGGUCGUGGACGUGGACGUGGACGUGUACGUGUACGUGGUCUUGGACGACGUGGACGUGGACGUGGAGGACGUGGACGUGGACGUGGACGUGGUCGUGGACGUGGACGUGGACGUGGUUGUUGACGUGGACGUGGACUUGGACGUGGACGUGGUCGUGGACGUGGACGUGGACGUGGACGUGGACUUGGACGUGGACGUGGACGUGGACGUGGCUUGGACCUGGACGUGGACGUGGACUUGGACGUGGACGUGGACGUGGACGUGGACGUGGACGUGGACGUGGUCGUGGACGUGGACGUGGACGUGGUCGUGGAGGUGGACGUGGACGUGGACGUGGUCGUGGACGUGGACGUGGUCGUGGACGUGGACGUUGACGUGGACGUGGACGUGGUCGUGGACGUGGAGGACUUGGACGUGGACAUGGACGUGGACGUGGACGUGGUCGUGGACGUGGACGUGGACGUGGACGUGGACGUGGACAUGGUCGUGGACGUGGACGUGGACGUGGACGUGGACAUGGACGUGGACGUGUAUAUGGACGUGGACGUGGACGUGGACGUGGACCGUGGACGUGGACGUGGACAUGGACGUGGACGUGGACGUGGACGUGGACGUGGACGUGGACGUGGACGUGGACGUGGACAUUGGACGUGGACGUGGACAUGGACGUGGACGUGGACGUGGACGUGGACGUGGACAUGGACGUGGACGUGUACGUGGACAUGGACGUGGACGUGGAUGUGGACGUGGACGUGGACAUGGACGUGGACGUGGACGUGAGGUGGACGUGGACGUGGUCGUGGACGUGGACAUGGACGUGGACAUGGACGUGGACGUGGACAUGGACGUGGACAUGGACGUAGACGUGGACGUGGACGUGGACAUGGACGUGGACGUGGACAUGGACGUGGACGUGGACGUGGACGUGGACAUGGACAUGGACAUGGACGUGGACAUGGACGUGGACGUGGACAUGGAGGUGGACAUGGACGUGGACGUGGACCUGGACGUGGACGUGGACGUGGACGUGGACAUGGACGUGGACGUGGAAGUGGACGUGGACAUGGACGUGGACGUGGACAUGGACGUGGACGUGGACGUGGUCGUGGACGUGGACGUGGUCGUAGACAUGGUCGUGGACGUGGACGUGGACGUAAACGUGGACGUGGACGUGGUCGUGGACGUGGACGUGGACGUGGAUGUGAACGUGGACAUGGACGUGGACGUGGACAUGGACGUUGACGUGGACGUUGACGAGGACGUGGACGUGGACGUGGUCGUGGUCGUGGACGUGGACGUGGACGUGGACGUGGUCGUGGACGUGGACGUGGACUUGGACGUGGACGUGGUCGUGGACGUGGACGUGGACUUGGACGUGGACGUGGACGUGGACACGUGGACGUGGACGUGGUCGUGGAUGUGGACGUGGACGUGGACGUGGUCGUGGCGUGGACGUGGUCGUGGAUGUGGAUGUGGACGUGACGUUGUCAUGGACGUGGACGUGGACGUGGACAUGGACGUGGACUUGGACGUGGACGUGGACGUGGAGGACGUGGACGUGGACGUGGAGGACGUGGACGUGGACGUGGACGUGGACGUGGUCGUGGACGUGGACGUGGUCGUGGAUGUGGACGUGGUCAUGGACGUGGGCGUGGACGUGGACGUGUACGUGGACUUGGUCGUGGACGUGGACGUGGACGUGCACCUGGACGUGGACGUGGACGUGGACGUGGACGUGGACGUGGUCGUGGACGUGGACGUGGACGUGGACGUGGACGUGGUCGUUUACGUGGACGUGGACGUGGACGUGGACGUGGACGUGGUCGUGGACGUGGACGUGGUCGUGGACGUGGACGUGGACGUGGACGUGGACCUGGACGUGGACGUGGACGUGGACGUGGACGUGGACGUGGUCGUGGACUUGGACGUGGACCUGGACGUGGACGUGGACGUGGACGUGGACUUGGACGUGGACGUGGUCGUGGUCGUGGACGUGGACGUGGUCGUGGACGUGGUCGUGGACGUGGACGUGGACGUGAACGUGGACGUGAACGUGGACGAGGACGUGGACGUGGACGUGGUCGUGGACGUGGACAUGGACGUGGACGUGGACGUGGUCGUGGACGUGGACGUGGACGUGGACGUGAACGUGGACGUGGACGUGGACGUGUACGUGGACGUGGACGUUGACGUGGACGUGGACGUGGUCAUGGUCGUGGACGUGGUCGUGGUCGUGGACGUGGUCGUGGACGUGGACGUGGACAUGGACGUGGACGUGGACGUGGACGUGGUCGUGGACAUGGUCGUGGACGCGGUCGUGGACGUGGACGUGGACAUGGACUUGGACGUGGUCGUGGACGUGGACGUGGACGUGGACUUUGACGUGGACUUGGACGUGGACGUGGACGUGGUCGUGGACGUGGUCGUGGACGUGGACGUGGACGUGGACGUGGACGUGGACGUGGUCGUGGACGUGGACGUGGACGUGGACGUGGUCGUGGACGUGGUCGUGGACGUGGACGUGGACCUGGACGUGGUCAUGGACGUGGAGGUGGUCGUGGACGUGAACGUGGACGUGGUUGUGGACGUGGACGUGGACGUGGACGUGGUCGUGGACGUAGACGUGGACGUGGACGUGGACGUGGACGUGGUUGUGGACGUGGACGUGAACGUGGACGUGGACGUGGACGUGGACGUGGACGUGGACGUGGUCGUGGACGUGGACGUGGACGUGGACGUGGACGUGGACGUGGACGUGGACGUGGACGUGAACGUGGACGUGGACGUGGACGUGGUCGUGGACGUGGACGUGGACGUGGACGUGGACGUGGACGUGGACGUGGACGUGGACGUGGUCGUGGACGUGGACGUGGACGUGGACGUGGACGUGGACGUGGACGUGGACGUGGACGUGGACGUGGACGUGGUCGUGGACGUGGACGUGGACGUGGACGUGGACGUGGACGUGGACGUGGUCGUGGACGUGGACGUGGACGUGGACGUGGACGUGGUCGUGGACGUGGACGUGGUCGUGGACGUGGACGUGGACGUGGACGUGGACGACGUGGACGUGGACUUGGACGUGGACGUGGCUUGGACGUGGACGUGGACGUGGACUUGGACGUGGACGUGGACGUGGACGUGGACGUGGACGUGGACGUGGUCGUGGACGUGGACGUGGACGUGGACGUGGUCGUGGACGUGGACGUGGACGUGGUCGUGGACGUGGACGUGGUCGUGGACGUGGACGUGGACGUUGUCGUGGACGUGGACGUGGACGUGGACGUGGUCGUGGUCGUGGACGUGGUCGUGGAAGUGGAGGACGUGGACGUGGACGUGGACGUGGACGUGGACGUGGUCGUGGACGUGGACGUGGACGUGGACGUGGACGUGGACGUGGUCGUGGACGUGGACGUGGACGUGGACGUGGUCGUGGACGUGGACGUGGACGUGGUCGACGUGGACGUGGACGUGGACGUGGACGUGGACGUGGUCGUGGACGUGGACGUGGUCGUGGACGUGGACGUGGACGUGGAGGACGUGGUCGUGGACGUGGACGUGGUCGUGGACGUGGACGUGGACGUGGACGUGGUCGUGGACGUGGUCGUGGACGUGGUCGUGGACGUGGACGUGGACGUGGACGUGGUCGUGGACGUGGACGUGGACGUGGUCGUGGACGUGGACGUGGUCGUGGACGUGGACGUGGACGUGGACGUUGUCGUGGACGUGGACGUGGACGUGGACGUGGUCGUGGUCGUGGACGUGGUCGUGGAAGUGGAGGACGUGGUCGUGGACGUGGACGUGGUCGUGGACGUGGAAGUGGUCGUGGUCGUUGACGUGGACGUGGAAGUGGAGGACGUGGACGUGGACGUGGACGUGGACGUGGUCGUGGACGUGGACGUGGUCGUGGACGUGGACGUGGACGUGGACGUGGUCGUGGACGUGGAUGUGGACGUGGACGUGGACGUGCACGUGGACGUGGUCAUACAUGGACGUGGACAUGGACGUGGACCUGGACGUUGACGUGGACGUGGACGUGGACGUGGACGUGGUCGUGGACGUGGACGUGGUCGUGGACGUUGACGUGGACGUGGUCAUGGACGUGGACGUGGACGUGGACGUGGUCAGGGACGUGGUCGUGGACGUGGACGUGGACGUGGUCGUUGACGUGGACGUGGACGUGGACUGGACGUGGUGGUGGACGUGGUGGUGGACGUGGACGUGGACGUGGACGUGGACGUGGACGUGGACGUGGUCGUGGACGUGGACGUGA